CUCCGGGCCGCUUAAGUCAGUUGGGGAAGACGAUUCUCGCGACCCAGACCUUGGAGCUCAUCUUCCAAUGGGACUAGGGAACGAGAAGUACAACGACUCGGAUGGUCAAAAUAAUGCACGUGGCUAGCGGGGCAUCGUGACGCACGCUUUUUAAAAUCCCAGCUCUCGAGAGGCAGAAACGGGCAGAGCUCUUUAAAAAACAAUCGAAAGACUAAAGCACCAAAAUAAUGUGGUUAUCAAAAGACAAUUGUAGAGUGUAUGGGGAAGGAUCGGAGAGAGGGAAGUGAAGAACACCGGUGAAAAAAUCCACUCCCGCGGGAGGAGCAACGGAGGGGCGGCCAGCCGCGGCGUGUCUGAGGUUAGAAGCGUGGGAGCGCUGUGUAGUGGGAAGCCAGUCCGCACGCCACUUAGCUGAAAGCAGGGUCGGUGCACGCCACGGUGACACACACGAGCAAUGCUCCAGUGGGUGAUGUCACCCGCUGUGCUAACGGCGCUCGCCCCUACUCAGUGCCAGGCCCCGGCCGUCUCCUUCACCAGCUUCUUUCGGUUCUGCCUGCCCUCCCCAUCCUGUUGGACUUAGCAGCGCCCGAGGCAUCAGACUGAUUUACUGAGCUGGUUCUUAGCCUCAGCUCCAGAUUCGGGUCUGAGCUCCUGCUCCGAGUAACACCCACAGCGCGGGACUAAAGUUGCUGACCAAUCCGUGGGCCCGAAUGCUGGUGGCCCGCCCUUCCCUUAUUUACAUUCCGGAGAAGAACUGCCCUUCUCCCGGAAGUUAUUACAUCUGAGACGGAACCGGAAGACCGGGAUACAGGUGCCACGUCCGUCGCCGUGCUGCGGGACCCCGGAGGGCGCGAUGGCAGAUUGGACUCGAGCUCAGAGCUCUGGUGCUGUGGAGGAGAUUCUAGACAGAGAGAACAAGCGCAUGGCUGACAGCCUCGCCUCCAAGGUUACCAGGCUUAAAUCGCUGGCUUUGGACAUCGACAGGGACACAGAAGACCAGAACCGAUACCUAGAUGGCAUGGACUCAGAUUUCAUGAGUGUGACUGGCCUACUCACAGGAAGUGUGAAGCGCUUUUCCACGGUGGCACGGUCUGGCCGAGACAACCGGAAGCUUCUAUGUGGUAUGGCUGUGGUCUUAAUCGUGGCCUUCUUCAUCCUCUCCUACCUCUUGUCGAAGUCACGGACGUGAGCCAGUGGGAGCCAUGGGCAGCCAGGCUCUUGUGCACCUGCUAUCCUGGUUUCCUAAGGACCCGACUACAAAAAAAAAAUAUUCCUUUGAAAUUAUCAUCAUGGGUCAUUCAUCUUCCUAAGUCAGGACGACCGCAGCUGCCUCUGUCGUAAUGAGCUCAUCUUGACUUGUCCUGUGUAUGAAGGAAGAAGAAGAAAAAGGCAAAACCCAGUGCUAUUCCCUGGUGCUAAAGACACUGGCAGAGCCAGAGCCGUGUUGUAUGAGAAUGAGCCAGGUCUAUGCAAAGCGUCUGUGAGUCCCGAAUGCAUCCACUGUGGCCAAUGACCACACUCCUCAGAAGCCAGCAUCUUAAGGGUCUUCUGGUUUGCCCUAACCUGUUUGUGUCUGGCUUAAACCGUGCCUGUGUUCUUGAAGAGUCUGCAACUGACACCAGAAAGGAAUAUGGCUAUGAGCCCUCCAGAUGAUGGUCGUCAGGAUGGGGCUGGCAGUGACUUCAGGCUGAGGCUGCCGAUGAGGAGCGCACCUGUGCAAGCUGUACCCAGCAGUCGCUGGCUCAAGUCAGACCCCAGGGAAGAGGCAAAGCUGUGACUAGAGGAGUGGACUGCAGUCCAGAGCCCCUGGACUAAGAUCCUUCUGGGCUGCAAGACCACAUGUCCAGGAGCACAGAUGUGUGUGUCCCUGGGACUGAGAAUCUUUCCAGAGCUAAAGAUGUCUCCGUCCCCAGGCUCACAGACUGAGAACAGUACAAGGUGGGCUUUCAGAGCCAGGCAGGGCUGGAGUGCUCUCUCUCUCUGUGGGGAUCCUUAUGGAGCUGGAGGCCACCUAUGAAAGCAUUUGCGUAGUGGGAACUUUUGACCUUGUACCGAACCUUGCCCUGCCCUGUCCAGCCAGUCUCCCUCAGUGUGAGGGAGAUUGAGCCAUCCCCUUGUUGCAUAACUCUACAGAGUUGCCUGCUCUGCCGGCCCUCCCUGCUGCCUUGGCCAGCCCCAUUUGCACACAAACUGACCUGUGGAGCUGACAGGGCCAACAAUUAGUUUCUGAGGACCUAGCACUUUUUGUCUUCACAUAAAAUACCUUUAAGAAAUGA